AUGAUGAAGGGAACAUCGUCAUUUGGGAAGAGGCGGGGCAAGACUCACACUCGUUGCCAGCGGUGUGGAGCUAAAGCAUUUCACCUGCAGAAAUCCACCUGUGGGGGUAAAUGUGGUAAAUGUGCCUACCCUGCCAAGAGAAAGAGAAAGUAUAACUGGAGUGUAAAAGCCAAAAGGAGAAACACACCAGGCACAGGUCACAUGCAGCACCUGAAGGUGGUGUUCCGGAGGUUCAGAAAUGGAUUCCGUGAAGGCGCCACCACAAAGUCCAGGCGAGCUGCUUCCAGCACUGCAUAA